AUGGAUCAUAUCGAGGAUGAGCACUUUGAUGGGACGUACCCCAUUGCUUCUCCUUUCGAGACCAUCGAUAGCCAUACGACUCCCAGCAGCGGUUUCUCACUCCCUGAUAGCCCAGUCACGAGACAUGUUGGCCUCGAGAACAGCCGUGCAUCUGCGAGACACAAGCUGGCACGAUUGACGCUAGAGGAGAAGGUGUCUCUCCUUACCGCAGCAGACUUCUGGCGGACCAAGUCAAUACCCUCCAAGGGCAUACCAGUCAUCAAAACAAGCGAUGGCCCUAAUGGUGCUCGCGGUGGUAUCUUCGUCGGAGGUACAAAGGCUGCCCUUUUCCCAUGUGGGAUUUCUCUAGCAGCGACGUGGAACAAGGACUUGAUGUACACCGUCGGCCAGCACCUGGCCGAUGAGGUCCGGGCAAGAUCAGCUCAGGUCCUUCUCGCACCAACUGUCUGCAUGCACCGCCACCCUCUAGGCGGCAGGAACUUCGAGUCCUUCUCGGAAGACCCCUUGCUCACCGGGAAGCUGGCCUCUCAGUACAUCAAAGGCAUCCAGUCGAAAGGCGUUGCUGCCACAAUCAAACAUUUCGUGGCCAAUGAACAGGAGACGCAUCGACUCACCAUAGAUUCGAUGAUGACGGAACGGCCGCUGAGGGAGUUGUAUCUUCGGCCGUUCGAGAUCGCCGUGCGAGAGGCAAACCCCUGGGCUGUCAUGUCGUCGUAUAAUCUCGUCAACGGUGUUCAUGCCGAUAUGCACAUGCAUACCCUGAAGGACAUCCUGCGGGGUGAAUGGGGAUACGAUGGCACCGUGGUCUCGGACUGGGGCGGUAUCAACUCCACCAUAGAGUCGAUCAAAGCAGGAUGUGACAUUGAAUUCCCUUAUUCGACAAAAUGGCGUUUCGAGAAGGUCCUCAAAGCUAUCGAAGAAGGCGACCUCACUCAAAAUGACAUCGACAUAGCGGCAGAAAAUGUGCUAACCCUCGUCGAGCGUACGAAAGGAGACGACAUGUCAGCCGAGGAACCAGAGAGAGAAGACGACAGAGAGGAGACCAGGGCACUAAUUCGCGAGGCUGGAGUCGAAGGCCUGGCCCUUUUGAAGAACGAGGGUGGCAUCCUGCCUAUCAACCCAAAGACCACCAAGGUCGCCGUCAUUGGUCCGAACGCCAACCGGGCAAUCGCCGGCGGUGGCGGCAGCGCCAGUCUCAAUCCAUAUUACAACACUCUUCCUCUGGAUAGUAUCAAGCAGGUCAUACAGCAGGAGGUGACGUACGCUCAGGGUUGCCAUAUCUACAAAUGGCUCCCGGUCGCCUCUCCUUUCUGCACCGACAAAUCCGGGCAGCCGGGUGUGACGCUGGAGUGGUUCAGCGGGGACAAGUUCGAAGGCGAUAUUGUCGUGACGCAACGCAGAGUCAACACUGAUCUCUUCCUAUGGGAUUCAGCACCGUUGGACCAGCUCGGCCCGGAGUGGUCGGCGAUUGCCACGACCCACCUGACGCCCACGGCUACCGGGAAGCACACGAUCAGCUUCAUGAGCGUCGGGCCCGGCAGGUUGUACGUGGACGGGAAGCUGGCCCUGGAUCUUUGGGACUGGACAGAGGAGGGCGAGGCGAUGUUUGACGGCUCCAUUGACUAUAUGGUUGAUAUCGACAUGGAAGCCGGUACGCCGGUCGAGCUCCGGGUCGAGAUGACGAACGAGCUCCGGCCUAUCGCCAAGCAGAAGAUGUUCAAGAUGACGCAUAAAUAUGGAGGUUGCCGCAUCGGUUUCAAGGAGGAGGACCAGGUCGAUUAUUUACAUCAAGCCGUUGAAGCUGCGAAGGCAGCUGAUGUCGCCGUGGUCAUUGUCGGUCUCGAUGCCGAGUGGGAGUCCGAAGGCUACGACAGACAGACGAUGGAUCUCCCCUCCGACGGCAGCCAAGAUCGACUGAUCGAGGCGGUCCUGAAGGCAAACCCCCGGACGGUCGUCGUUAACCAGUCUGGAUCCCCUGUCACCAUGCCAUGGGCCGACGCGGUGCCUGCCAUCCUCCAGGCCUGGUACCAGGGUCAGGAGGCGGGCCACGCACUGGCUGAUGUUCUGUUCGGCCUGCGGAACCCUAGCGGCAAGCUUCCUUCGACUUUCCCUCGGCGGCUAGAAGACACGCCCGCUUACCACAACUGGCCCGGCGAGAACCUGCGCGUGCUCUACGGCGAAGGCCUGUACAUCGGCUACCGGCACUACGACCGCGCCAAAAUCCCACCUCUGUUCCCCUUCGGCCACGGCCUGUCAUACACGACAUUCGAGUACGGGCGGCCGUCGCUCAGCCAGAAGGUCCUGACGGCCUCGUCGCCCAUCCACCUGGUCAUGGCCGUGACCAACACGGGCGCCGUCGCGGGCUCCGAGACCGUCCAGGUCUACGUCCGGGACGACAAGUCGGCGCUGCCCCGACCCGAGAAGGAGCUGGUGGCGUUCGAGAAGGUGUUCCUGGAGCCCGACGAGACGAGGCAUGUCACGAUCGCGCUCGACAGGUACGCUGUGGGGUAUUAUGAUACUUCGAUCCCGGGCUGGAUCGCGGAGGAGGGCUCGUUCAGGGUGCUGGUGGGCGCGUCGGCGAUGGAUAUCAGGCACUCGACGGCAUUCGAGGUCAAGGAGUCUUUCACCUGGAUCUUCUAG